GCCGCGGGGCUGGAGGGCCCGUCCGGCCUUCGCCCCGCCCCGGCCUUCGGAAGGCUGCGCUGAGGCCCCGGGGCGGCGCGACAUGGUGGUGGCGGAGGGUGACGCUGAGUGGCUGGAGCUGAAGCGAAAUGUUGGCUGUCUGUGUGAGACCGGGUGCGUCUGUGUGGCAGUCCGUCCUCAGAAAGUGUGUUUAUGUCCAUUCCUGCCAAUACAUCCACUACAGAUCUCCACCUGCUUGUAUAUAAUUCAGCAUCCAGCAGAGGAAAGUCGAGUGUUAAGGACUGUACCUUUGCUAGCUGCUUGUCUCCCUCCAGACAAGUGCAAAAUAUUGAUUGGUCGACGUUUUAGUGAAGACAGGUAUCCCGAAUUAGCAACUGUGUGCAGAAAUCCAAAUACUCUAAUUUUGUAUCCUGGGGCUGAAGCAACCAAUUUGGAAGAAGUUGUUGUGGUGUCUUCUAAUCCAUCUGUUAUGAUCAUCAUUGAUGGAACAUGGAGUCAGGCUAAAGAUAUAUUUUACAAAAAUUCUCUCUUCCGGCUUCCCAAGCAGGUGCAGUUAAAACCCAGCAUUUCAAGUCAAUAUGUAAUUCGAACACAGCCAACAAACACUUGUCUGUCUACACUUGAAUGUGCAGCUGUUGCUCUUACUAUCAUGGAAAAAAAUAAGAGUAUACAAGAGAUUAUACUUCGUCCACUUCAGGCAUUAUGCUCUUUCCAGCUUCAGCAUGGUGCCCAGAUCCAUCAUAGCAAGGAGCAUCUCCUCAAAAAUGGGUUGUAUGACAAGCCAAUGCCAAAGAAUAAGCGCAAACUCAGAAGAAUGGAGCUUUUGGUGAAUAAUGUUAAAAUUUAAGAAAACUGUACUGGCAGUACAGUAGGAUUUAUCUGCGGCUAGCAAAUGAAUAUGAAUCUGGAUUUCAUCCAAACAUUUGACUGUACUGUAAUGGAACAAAUUUUAAGCCCUUCCUAGGCAAGAGUUUAUCUACAGAUAUGACAAACAAUAUCGGACAAGCUUUUUCAUUUUUUCAGUAAGCCAUGUGCCUUUGUUCAUAUUACAGAAGAUCAUUCUCAUUUCCUAUAGAAAAGAAGAUGACUUAGAGCAUAAUUUGGGCUUGUGUUAUCUCUUAACAAGUAUGAUCCUCAGUAUGAAUGGAUAUAUUUGCUUUGGAGAAGCCUUUAUCAGUAUGAAAAGACAAGGAAUACGAAUGUAAUAGAAUAGUAAGGCUUCAGCUUUUAGAAGUACAUUGGAUUUUUGCUGACCAUUUUAACAUGUAAUUACAGUAGGCCUUCAAACUGUAAUUCCUUGUAUUACUUAGUUCAGAUGAACAUAAGGUAUGCUAUUUGUUUAGUCCUCUUUAACCUUGAGGUUCUUAUUUCUUACAUUAAUAGAAUUCCUUUUUUAUGGGUUUAUAUACAUUUUCAAAUGCAGUCGAGUUUAAUUUCUCUCCCAGAUUUAAUUUUUAAAUUAAGGCUGGGUGGAUUUUUACUGGAACCUGAACACUUCCAACGUUGUUUAAAAGAGUGAAUGUUGGUAAAUGCAUUAUUUUAGAAUUUUAAUUCAGGUGUUUCACUUUUACUUGAGUAAAGACUACUCUUCCACAGAAGGCAACACUUUAUGGGUGUGGAUACAUCGUAUCCUGACAUCCAGACAUUAUGCUACUAAAGGAAUUAAACAAGCUCAUGUAAAGAGCCCUUUAAGAGUUAUGAUGCAAUGACAAUUUAUUAGGUCAAGAUACAACCAACUAAUGACUGCAGGUCCAUUAGAUUUACAUGUAUUCUUUAACUAGUUCUUCUAACACUGAUAUAACUAUACCUCUUUUUAAUGGGAAUUUCCAAAAGCAGAAGAACUGGGUAUUUUUACUGACUUUGUAAAGUAGUGUUUUAUGAUCUGGAAGGAAAAAAAAACAAAGUAAAUAAAGGUUUUGAUGUUACUUUACAUUAAUGAAUACCUCCUUCAUGAAACAGAUUAAAAUGCUUAAUGUUUGUCUUUACUAUUCACUGUAGGUAACAACACAGAGCUAAUUGGAUACAAAUUAAACUUAGAAAAAGGUACUUUGUCUUUAAUUUAUGAGCUGCGAGGCAAGAAACUACAGAAGGGUGUAAGCACAGCUCUACAAUAUAUUAACUGAAAGCAUUUCUGCAAUUAACAGGAGAGGUCAAAAUUAGGCCAGAGAUUAGCUAAGAAGUUUUAGUUAACCCUGAGCUAAUGGUGACCUUUUUUUGAGGCGUGGAUUAACAAUUUUAUUUUUCUAGCUAGUUAGCAAAGUUUAUGUAACCUUUUUCCAUUUUUCUGGUCUAGAUAAAUCCUUUAUCUUUUGCUAAAUUCAGAAAACCUGAAUUUGUUUUGACAAAGCUGAAGCAAAACAGUCUCAUGUGAUUAAUGGUAGUGCAGAUGCACUUUUGUUCACAUUGGAACAGAGAAAGGGCAUGUUUAUUCCUGUAGCACAGCACAGCACAGUGGUCUCCAGGCUGGCUUGGAGUCUGAAGUUACAGUCUUGUGUCUCUUGUGUAUGCAGCUUUGUGUGUCACUGCGUCUAGUUUUGGGGUUGGCAUGGCUUGUGCUGGGCUGAGGAUGUGUUUCCUCUGUGCUCUGGGACAUGGUCCAAGCAUUCCUUAAGGAAACAAGGGUAUCAGUGAGGCUUUACUUCUAAUUACAUAUUUACAUAUAUGGAUGAUGUUCACAGUUAAUGUUGUAAAUGUUAAUUUAGUUUAUCUUAUUUUAAAUUCAUCAAGAAUACUCGGGUCUUUAAACAUAGAUUGUGAAAAUUAUUUUUCUAUGCAGAAGACUAAAUAUGUCUUUUCAUAAAAUUUGAGUUUAUAUUGUGGAGAAGAGAAAGAAAUUUGUAUACAGCGCAGAAGUAACAGACAUCUGCAAAAUGCCUUAGAAUUAUAGGAUCAGAGAAAUAGUUGUCUUAAUUGAGUUAUAAUCCUACAUUAAAUACUCUUGUGUGUGCAAUCUGUCCAGAAUUUUCAUGUUUUUUUCAGCAAAGGACAAAUUCCAUACAGCUUACAAUAAGCACUUUUUAGUUUAGCUGAUUCCUCUUGUUCUAAUUUUGCUCCUGUGGUUAACAGGAUUUGUAGGAUCUAAUACUGGAUGCAUGGAAGCCUUUAAUUGCUAAUUUCAUGUGUGGUAGAGUAGUAGAUGAAUCAAUAUGAAGCAGUUGCUGAAGAUACAAAAAGUAGUUCAUUGCAAAGCUUCAGGCAUUUUACUUUUUGAGGUUUUUGUAUGUCCCAUCCCCCCAUGUUUAGAUGGAACGUGGAAGUCACAUGAAGUUUGGUUCAAAGCUACUAAACACAAAAUGUGAUACUUUUUUUUCUCUUUCCUUUUUUUUUUUCUUUUUUUCUUUCCAGUUCCUUUUUUUCUGGUGGAACUUGAAUGGGUUUAAGAAGUUUGUUUCCAGGUCUUUUGGAUUCAGUUUGCCUCUAGAUACAUUACCUCAAAGAAAUGGGUCCUUUUUAAUCCAGCUCUUCUGAUGAAACUCUACAUAAUGAAAUAGCACUCUUAAAAAACAAUUUCAUUAGAAUGAAUUUCAUUUGCAAUUUUUUUUUUCUUCUGUAAUGGUCAAUCUGUUUGAUUUUUCACUUACUGAAAGAUUAAUGAAUCAAAUCCACCAGUCUAACAACAUAUUGAUUAAAGAGAAAGGAAUGUUUUUGUUUCUGACUUUAGCUCCUUUGUCCUUGUCCACUGUGUACUCCCAAAUAUUGCUGCUGAAAUGAAAUCUGGCCUUGGUGUGCCACUAUGGCAUGUUUGAGGAACUGUCGGCAUGAAUAUUAGGCUUUUUAACAACACAUGAAUACAUGUAGGGUUUUUACAAGAGUGCAAGACAAAGCUAGAAGUUUUUCCAGAUAAGAACACAACCUUCCACACACCCUUUCAUUUAUAAAACCUUCAAAUUAAAAGUUACGAGGCACUCAGGACAAACAAAUUAUUGUUCUCAAGAUUUUACUUUUGUUGUCUCCAUUGGAAUUCUACCUGGAAGAUGUUGCCAUACUAUUGAAAAAAUGUUCCUGUAUUAGUUUUUCUUUAAAUAAAAAUAAAACCUUUCAACUGACUUCAAAAGGGACUAAAAUUGUUUUAAGACCAAGUUUUUCUUCUAAACAGUUACAUCAGGAAAAAAAAAAAGCAGCUUAUCCUGCAUUAUUUCCUACAAGUUCACUACUUGUUUUGAAAUUUAAUAGAAAACUGAACUUUUUAAAAGGGACAGUAGUUCAUGCUUUUCUCCUGAGGUUUGUGUUUCUUAUGCCUACACACAUGAAUGCAUAUAAAUUAUAUAUUUGUUUCUGCUUCGAAGCAAUAAAAGAUCUAAUUUACUGUGA